AUGUCUCACGCCUUUCAACGAGCGACUUCGCGCUUACCACGCGCCGUCACGCGUGUACUUCUAGUCGUCAUCUCUGCUGGUACUAUGUUCCUGCUGUAUACGCUAUCGAGAGGAGGCGUCGAAGAAGGAUUAUGGGACGCCUCCUCAUAUUCUGAUCGUAGAGGUGGGACACCUCAUGGCUCAGGAGGUAUAGGAGCAGUCAAGAAAAAAGUCUCGAAUUGGUCCAAUCCGGAUCGAUCUCCAGUCACGUCACCCCCCAAUCCUGGGACGAUACCUCGACCAAAUCUAGCCAGGCAGAAUCUCACCCUUCCUCGUCCGGAGCAUAAGGGGAUCUCUCGUGUUCCAGUACCUGGUGCGCCGGACAAAUACACAACAGGCCCGCUGCCGACUCUCGAAGAGGCUUUCGCUUCUCUGCAUCCCAAAUUGAGGGAGGUGAAGGCCAAAUAUCCAUCCGUGCCUCGGGAACACAUGCUCUGGAAUCCGAUAUUCAGUCCAGCUUUGACCGAGGAGCAUCAGAAGAGGUAUACUCACUUGAGAAUGGACUGGGAUGGCGUCGCGGGUGAAUGGGUUCCGUCAGAGAAGAGAUGGCUGUUUACGACAGUCUGUCGGCAGGUAGCUGGUAUGCUGGCCGAUUGGUUUGCUGCUUGGACGGUGUUAAUAGACUUUCUGGGACCUGAGAGUACGGUGUUCUCUCUGUUAGAGGGCGACUCGGCGGACGGAAGCGGCGACAUCUUGGCUACCGUCAUGAGAGAUCAUCUCUUGUUCAUGGGUGUUCCACCGCAAAAUAUACACAUUAAAACCCACCUGCCAAAGAUCGAUUGGGAAGGCAAUCAUCGUAUCGAGUUGCUGGCACAGAUGCGAAACGGGGGCAUGGCCCCUUUAUACGACUCGCUACCUUCUGGACUUACCCCCGACGGCAAGCCUUGGACCGCAGUCAUCUACUACAAUGAUGUGUAUCUUUCCGCGGUGCAUUUCUUGGAAUUGAUGCACCAGCACUUCAUGCAGGAUGCAGAUAUGACCUGUGGUUGGGAUCAUGCUGGGAAAUGGUUUUACGACGGAUGGGUCGGUAGAGAUAUGAGUGGAGAUCUGUAUACCCCGUUCCCAGUCAAGGAGGAGGACAAAGAUCUACCUCAAAAGCUUUUCAUCAAUCACUGGCCUACUAAACGAAGAUACGAUUACGCCCUCCCUUUCCAAGUCUUCGCAGGGUGGAACGGCGUAGCAGUCAUGAACCCCGUUCCAUUUAUGCCACCGUACAAUGUCCGAUUCCGUCGAGGCGCUACGGCCCCACCGAACUCGGAUCUCACAGCUGCGGAUAUAGAAUGUCAAAUGUCAGAAUCAGCCUUUAUCAGUUGGGAUUUCUGGAAGUACGGCUUUGGGAGAAUACAAGUCGUGCCUGGGGUUCAUGCUUGCUAUGGGAAGGAGGACGCUCAAUUGAGGGGAUGGGUAGAGUUCCCAAAUCCUGAUCCAGAAGCGGGAAUGUUCGAGGAAAUCGUGUGGCAGGAUCAACCACCCAAACAGGUCAGAUGCCACGAUUGGCCAGACAAACCAGGUAAAGGGUACUGGGCAUGGGAUACUGUAAGAUGGGUGCCUGCUCCAGAAUUAGAAGUGCCAGAGCAGUAG